AUGACCCUCGCCGCGGAGCAGCACCGCCUGCGCCUGAGCGAUGGCAACAGCAUCCCGCUGAUCGGGCUCGGCACCUAUGCCGACCCCAAAAAGACCCCGAAAGGCACUUGUUUAGAGUCUGUGAGAAUAGCCAUUGAUACAGGUUACCGCCACAUUGAUGGUGCUUAUGUGUAUUACAACGAACAUGAAGUGGGGCAAGCCAUCCGAGAGAAAAUUGCUGAAGGAAAGGUCAAACGGGAAGAUAUAUUUUACUGCGGCAAACUGUGGAACACAUGUCACCCACCUGAUCUGGUGCGCCCAACUUUGGAGAGGACCUUAGACGUUUUGAAACUUGACUACGUUGAUCUCUACAUUAUUGAGCUGCCGAUGGCUUUUAAGCCUGGAGAGGCCAUCUAUCCUUUGGAUGAAAAUGGAAAAUACAUAUACCAUGAGACAAACUUGUGUGCCACUUGGGAGGCUUUGGAAGCAUGCAAAGACGCUGGCUUGACAAAGUCCAUCGGUGUGUCCAACUUCAACCGCAGGCAGCUGGAAAUGAUCCUGAACAAACCAGGUCUUAAGCACAAACCUGUCACCAACCAGAUUGAAUGCCACCCAUAUUUUACCCAGCCCAAACUCUUAGAAUUUUGCAGACAGCACGACAUUGUCCUUGUUGGGUACAGCCCUCUAGGAACUUCAAGAGAUGAAUCUUGGGUCAACGUAUCUUCCCCUCCUCUCCUGGAGGACCCGGUGCUGAAUGCCAUUGGAGACAAGUAUAACAAGACGGCAGCACAGGUGGCUCUGCGCUUCAGCAUCCAGCGAGGGGUGGUGGUCAUUCCCAAAAGCUUCAACCCAGAGCGUAUUAGGCAGAACUUCCAGAUCUUUGACUUUUCCCUCACUGACAAGGAAAUGAAGGAGAUUGAAGCGCUGAACAAAAAUAUCCGCUAUGUGGAGAUGCUAAUGUGGAAAGACCAUCCUGAAUAUCCCUUCCAUGAUGAAUAUUGAAACUAUGAUGCUGCCAAGGACGAAUUCUUAAUGUAGU